UCUACUUUCGAUUUGUGUGCUCGUGUUUUAAAUACCUUUCAUGUACAAUUCAUGAAUACUUGGUUACAUAAUAUUGUUCUAGGAAUGGAUUUAAAAUAAUUAAAUUUUAGUAACGGUAUUUGUUUAUGAAUACGUUUACAUUAAAUCUUCUUUUAAACUUCAUCCGUGAUUUCAUACCUGUGUGCUUACAUACAUCUCGGGUUGAUUUCAAACCGAGGCUAUGCAGUACACGUUUUUUUGCUGAGGUGUGCAUUUCAUCCCCAGACAUCGCCGUUCUAUUUAUAAACGUACAUCACAUCCAGUCGAUCAUAUAGCGUGUAUAGAUUCUCUUUAACACGUUGUUAUAUGCUGAAGAGGAAAGCUGAACAAUUAUGGACAACAACGCAAUAAAUAGAUCAAAGGAAACACGUGCUUUGAAACCUGAAUCGAAAACGCGACAGUAUAAUAUUGGUGGAAAUUGUAACUGCUGUGUACCUCAAUGUGGAAAAAGUUCUAGACAGUAUUCUCUGCACUUUCACCGCUUACCGUCGGAUCCACAACUUAGAGAGAGGUGGAUAGCAAACAUUACUAGACAUGGCGAAUACCCUGUCAAGUUCAAGUCCAUUUCCGUCGUCUGCUCCCGCCACUUCCUGCCACGUGACUAUUCCAGCUGGACCCCCGUGAGGAAGAGACUCCAGAAGGGCGCGGUACCAACAGUGUUUGAAGACAUUGUCUCUUUAGGAUUGGAAGUGAAGUCAGCGCAUGACAAUCUUGAGAGUCAAAACAUUACAACCAAUUCCUCCGUUGACAAAUUAACACAUCAACGGGAAGUGAAAUAUUUCCAGAACUAUAAAUUGAUUGCCGAAAAUGACAUGUGCCACACCUUCGAAACGUCACAUCCGGUUUUGAGCAAACGAGAUGACAAUGAAUCGACUGGAAGCCUUAGGAACAAAAAGAAGAAACACACGUCAGUAUCAAAUGAAGACACAUCGAUGUUUUAUCUGCAUAGGAAGAUUGAAUCAAGAAUCCUUAAACGGAAACGUCUUGAAACCCACGUGUCGAACAUUUGGAGCAAGAAAAAGUCGUGUUGCUGACAUUGAAGGUGAAAUUCAAUUUACUCUGCCUUUCUAUAAAUAGAGACGCAUGUUCAAUCAUGUAGGGAAGUCUACGUUGUUGUUAGAUGCUCUGCUUUUUAACAGUAUUCAAUUUAUGUGAUAUCAGUUUCACAUCUGUACACAUGUUUUCGGCACGUUAAUAAAAUGAGUUUCUUUUUCA